GGAGGCGGUGGGAAUGGGAGGAGUGGGACUGGCGCAGGCAGUUGGUGGGGCGGGGCAGGGUUGGCACAGAGGCAGUGGGACCAGAGGGGGUGGGACUGGCACUGAGGCAGUUGAGCUGAGGGCUCCAGGCUGGCAUUAGGGCAAUAAAGCAGAAGGGGCAAGCAGGCAGUGUCCCUGUUCUUGCUGCACAUGUUUGGCUGGUGUCUGUGAGGAGCCCUGGGGAUGGGGCUACAUUCCUGGGCCUUGUUCCUGCUCCUCCUCCUCCUCAGCCCAGGCUUUACUGAGACUUUAAAAUUCCUCUACUCUGAAGUUAUAGUGCCAAGAAAGCUAGAACCAAGAGAUGGCAUAGACACAAAGGACAAGGUGUCUUAUCUAAUCCAAGUUGAAGAAAAGUUCCAUAUUGUUCACCUACUACAGAAGAAAAUGUUCAUAGUUCCAAAUCUCCCAGUUUUUACUUACAAUAAGAGGGGAAACUUGAUAACAGAUUAUCCAUAUAUACAGGAUGAUUGCUACUACUCUGGAUACGUGGAGGAUGUUCCAGAUUCGGUUGCAGUUCUCAGCACUUGUUCUGGACUCUGGGGCUAUUUGAUGAUUUAUGAUUUAUACUAUGAAAUUGAGCCUGUUAAAUUGUCCUCCACAUUUCAACACCUUAUUUAUCGAAUGGCAGCUGAUGAAGACCCACAUAAACGAUGUGGAGUAACUGAUGAAGAUAUUGAAAAUCAAGCACCUGAAGGCAGAGAAAAUCAAAUAUCUGAGGCUCGUGCAAAUGAAGAGGUUAUAAUAGAUCAAGACGAACUAGACCGUUUGUACGCUCCUAUCAGAUAUUUAGAGUGUUAUUUUAUUGCAGACAAAGAAAAGUAUCACCUUGAAAAUUCCAAUGAAACAUUGCUGACAUUGAAGAUGAUUCAGUAUGUCUAUUUAACAAGUGAAAUGUAUCGUCCAUUUGGCCUCCGUGUUGUUCUGAUUGCAUUGGAGCUUUGGAUGGAAAGGGAUCUCAGUACAGUUACAGAUCGUAUGAAUGACUGUCUUGUUUUUUUUAGUGGCUAUAUUAAGAGGAGCCUUAUGAACCGCAUACGUUUUGACCACGCAGAAUUAAUUUUGGGUGGAAAAUAUGGAGGCAUUCUUGGACUUUCAUAUGGAGACAAUCUGUGCACUAAAACACCCUCGGCAGCUACUUGCCAAGUAUGUGAAAUACAGCAUGCAGCAAGAUCUAAAUCCAUGCUCUAUGAUGCAACCACUGUUGCACAUGAAAUGGGCCAUUCUCUUGGCUUUCCACAUGAUGAUAGUAAGAAAAAUACAGCUAGAGGUUGUGUUUGCAAAUGCCCCAGAAAAGGAAAAUGCCUCAUGUGGUCAUAUUCUCCGAACUUUAUAUGCACAGAAUUCAGUAACUGCAGCAGAGCAACUUAUUUUAACAUGAUAAGAAAACCAGGAAAAACUUGCCUUCUUAACAUACCAGAAAAGAAAAUAUUUGGAACACAAAUGUGUGGUAACGGUGUAACAGAAGAGGAGGAGGAAUGUGACUGUGGUAUGGAUGAGGUGUGCCAGCGGAGUGGUUGCUGCCUUUCCAAUUGUACAAUAAAGCCAGGUGCUGCUUGUGUUUCUGGACUUUGCUGCAAAAACUGUCAGUUUCAUAGACAAGGGAAAAUAUGCAGAGAAAGUAUUGGUAUAUGUGACCUUCCUGAGUACUGCAAUGGGACUUCACAUUGGUGCCCAGAGGAUGUUUUUAAGCAAGAUGGAACUCCAUGCGGUAACAAUAACUGUUGUUUCCACGGGAAGUGCCAUGACCACAAGAGGCAGUGCAAAGCUUUAUUUGGCAAAGCAGCACGUCUGGCCCCACUGAGUUGUUUCAAAGUAGUGAAUACUAAAGGUGACCGGUGUGGCAACUGUGGUGGGGAUGGAAUAACUUACAAUAAGUGUGAAGACAAUGAUGUUUUGUGUGGAAGACUGCAGUGUGUAAAUAUUAAAAAAAUACCUGACAUGAAACGUCUUAGGUCCAUAGUUCAAACUCCAGUUGAUGAGACCUUGUGUUGGGGUACAGAAUUUCAUGCUGGGAGGGACAUGGUGGAUGUUGGCUCAGUGGAAGAUGGCACAACAUGUGGUGAAAACAAGAUAUGUUUUAACAAGACAUGUGUCCAUAUAUCAGUUCUGAAUUAUGAUUGUAAUUACACAAAAUGCAGUAACAGAGGGAUAUGCAACAGUAAAAAAAACUGCCAUUGUAAUUUUGGUUGGGCCCCUCCAGACUGUAACUUAAAGGGAUAUGGAGGAAGUGUUGACAGUGGGCCCCCUCCGACUACAAUUCUUUCCAGCAGUGAUGUUAUCAUCAUGGGAAUAGCAAUUGGAACCGCACUUCUUCUUCUUCUGGUUAUCAGCCUGGCUGUGCAUAAAAGAGCUCAGAUGACUCGAAUCUUUAGCAGGUCUUCCAGAAAAAAACAAACAACACGAGGUAGUUCUAGUGCUUCAGACAGAAAGGCGGUGAAGAAAAAAAGCAGUGUUCGGUCAAACAAAUAGCUCCCCUUCUAAUUUUUAAACAGAAUACAGACUAUUGGAAUAUUGAAAAAGCAAUGUUUUUCUUACAAGUUCAGCCAUUGAAAGAAUAUGUGGAACCCUACAGAGAUAGUGGUGUGUCAAAACUCCUGGUUGCUUGGGAUUCAUGGAGAAUUACCUGGGUUUUUUAAAACUGUUUAUUUUGUUAUUCUGUUCCACUUUAUUUAAAUAAAUUGGUUUU